AUGCAGCAGCGGCAGCUCCUGGUUGCGGUAGGCCCUGAUCCAGGGACUCCUGGUUAUUGGCGAGGUGGUGGCGGCAGUGGAGCCGGGUCUCCCGAACUGGUGCUGGCAUUACACAGUGCAAAAAAAGACAUCAAUGCAACCAAAGUUAGUGAGCGUCGACGGAAGCGUCUACAGGAGUUGGAGGCUGAAUUGGCAAAUCUCAAAAGGAAGUUGAUGGAACAAUCAAAAAUGUUGAAAUUCAAGGAGAAGACUGAGGGAACAGUUGAUAAGUUAAAUCAAGAGAUUCAGGCACUGAAGUAUCAGCGAGUUCAGCUGAUGCGACAAAUGAAAGAGGAAGCUGAGAAAUCUCGUAAAUGGAAAGCAGAAAAAGAUAAAGAGGUCCUGCAACUUAAGGAGAAAGACCGAAAAAGGCAGUAUGAGUUACUGAAAUUAGAACGAAAUUAUAAACAGCAAGCGAAUGUAUUGAGGCGCAAGACUGAAGAGGCAGCUGCCGCUAACAAGUGUUUGCGUGAUGCUCUUCAAAGGCAGAAGGAUGCUGCUGAGAAGCGCAAGGAAUCAAACAGAGGAAUGGAAGGGACUGCUGCUCGAGUGCAGAGUUGGCUAGUCAAUGAGCUAGAAGUACUUGUGAGUAUAGAGGAGACUCGUCGUCACUUGAACUCUCUACUGGAUGACCGGAAGAUACUGGCACAUGAGUUGUCUGUGCUAGUAGGGAAGAAAGAAGCCCAUCAUCCUCCAUCCAAACUUCGUCGUCGAACUUUUACAUUGACUGAGUUAAUGAAAACCACUGAACAGGAUCCAUCUAUAAACAAGCAAAUUGAAAGUGUCGAGACUGAAAUAGAACUCAGGAGUGCUCAAAUUGCUGACCUUCAACAGGAAUUGAUGGAUGCAGACAAUGAAGAAAGGUUGAAGCAUCAUUGGGAAACCAUUGCUACUAUUGUGGAGGCUAAAUGUGGACUAAAAUGGCUAAUGGGAGAGCUGGUGUCAAGUAAAGUAUCACAUAGUAAACUGCAAAGUGAAUUCAAUCAGGCAAAAGCUGACAAUGCAGAGUUGCACAAGACGCUAAUUGAAGAACAAACACGAAUUGCUGAAAUGGAGACUGACCAUCAGCAGCAGCUGCUAGAUCAAGAACAGCAGCACCAAGAUAAGGUGCUUUAUCUGCUCAGCCAGUUGCAACAAAGCUCUAACCUACAAAAGGAGUCGGCUCCUGAUCAAGAGUCUCAGCUUGUGGAAAGGCUGAAGUUCCAAGAUGAGGAAAUCAAAAAGAUGAAAGAGCUAAGUGAAAGGAAUCAGCAGCUGAUAGAAGAGAAUGAAACUUAUAAGCAGAAACUGAACCUGCUCCAAUAUACGACCAGUAAGUUGGGUGACAGCAACUUAAUGAGCCUACCAACUGAGCCCUUAUCUUCUCCCUUUGACUAUGUCCCUCCCAAGCCGAAAAACAGGAGGAAGACUACUGCAAAGCCACACAUGAUGACACCACGUGUGAGUCUGGAAGAGCUAUUAUCUGACUCUGAUUCUAAUGGUGAUGCUGAAGAUGAUGAUUGGGUCCCCAGUAAAAUAAAAUGA